AUGUAUGCUGUGACUAUUAGUGAUGAGGGUGACUGUUACCGGUGUUUCCCGCCCGACCCGAGCAUUGGUACUGCUGCUCUAGGUGCUUGUGAGGCUUCUGCUCUUGGUGCCAGUGCGUCUGCACUCUCAGGUACUGGUGAGGCUGCGCUCUCAGACCGCACCACACUCACGCCGCUUGGUCGGCCGGUUGCAGUCUCCCUGGCUGACCCCUCUGGGGGUCCUGUCCUCGCUCACUUCUCCACUGUCCUCCCGUGUCCGGCUGCCCCCUCGGGCACCCUGUCGGGUCUGUACCUCCCCUCGUUCUCGACGAACUUGGUGAGUGGUGCUGACCUGCAGGAUGCAGGGUUCACCAGUUUACUCCUGCGAGACCUUCCUGUGUCCCCUGUGUCGAGGGGCGGCUCCGAGCUGCCCCUCACUCCUCCCAGUUUCCCCCGACAGAGGCUCCUCUGCAGACUGCUUCACAUGGACGUGUGGGGCCCAGCCCGCGUCCGUGGACAGGGUCACGAGCGCUACUUCCUGCUGGUGGUUGACGACUACUCGCGUUACACCACAGUCUUCCCCUUGCGCAGCAAGGGUGAUGUCACUGAGGUGUUGAUCGACUGGAUCCGCGCGGCUCGUCUCCAGCUCAGGAGGAGCUUCGGCUCGGACUUUCCUGUUCUGCGUCUGCACUCUGACCGAGGCGGAGAGUUCUCCUCUGGCCUUCUGCGAGCCUACUGUCUUGCACGAGGCAUCCGCCAGACCUUCACGCUUCCGGACUCUCCACAGCAAAAUGGGAUUGCUGAGCGCCGCAUUGGCAUGGUCAUGGACGUCGCUCGUACGUCCAUGAUGCAUGCGGCUGCCCCCCAUUUUCUGUGGCCGUUUGCGGUUCGGUACGCGGCGCAUCAGCUCAACCUUCACCCCAGAGUCUCCCGGCCGGAGACCUCCCCAGCUCUGUUGUGGACGGGGAAGGUAGGCGAUGCGUCUGCGUUCCGUGUCUGGGGAUCUCGGGCGUUUGUCCGCGACCUGUCUGCGGACAAGCUGUCCCCUCGUGCUGCUCCCUGUGUCUUCCUAGGCUUCCCCCUUGACGCCCCAGGGUGGCAGUUCUACCACCCCUCCUCUCGUCGUGUUCUGUCCUCCCAGGACGUCACGUUCGACGAGUCCGUCCCCUUCUACCGCCUCUUCCCCUACCGCACUCCUUCCCUCCCACCGCCACCGCACUUCCUUGUGCCAGGUCCCCCCCCGGUUGACCCCCUUCCCCCUCAGGGUCCUGCCCCUUCAGGUGUGUCCCAGGUAGAUGCAGUCGAGCCGGUCGAGGUUGCUGGUGACUCAGGUACUGCUUGGGGUGCUGAGCCUGGGGGUGCUGAGCCUGGGGGUGCUAACUCUGGGGGUGCUGAGCCUGGGGGUGCUGACUCUGGGGGUGCUGAGUCUGGGGGUGCUGAGCCUGGGGGUGCUGAGCCUGGGGCCUGGGGUCCUGAGCCUGGGGGUGCUGCGUCUGGAGCUGCUGAGCCUGGACGUGUGGAGCCUGCGGCCACUGGACCUCCCCUUGUGGCGUCUGGCGGUACUGGGCCUGGAGGUUCUCCGGGUGUUUCGUCUCGGCGGGAGCCACUCUCUCCACAGGAGCUGCGCGAGUGGUUUGCUCGCCGCUGGAGGCGUACUGCUGGAGCUUGCGCUUCUUCGGCCGCUGAGGGUGCUGGUGCCGCCGGUCCUGGAGCUGCUGGGCCUGCGGGUCCGCCUGGAGCUGGAGCUGCUGAGGGUGUUGGUUCUGAGACUCCUACUGUCCGUCCUGGUGGUGGUCGUGCUGCAGGUGCUACUGGCGCUGGUGGAGGUCCUGCCGCUGGAGGUGCUGUUGGCGCUGGUGCUGCCAGAGGUGCUGAGGGUGCUGGUGCUGUCCUUGCUGUGCCUGGUGCCACCGCGCGGCCUCGGCCGUACUUCGUUCCGCUCCUUCAGCAGGUUCUUGGUCUUCCUCCUCUCUUAGAGGGUCCGCCGCUUGUCCAGUCGCAUCGGACUCUCUUCGUGCUGCCAGUCCUACUAGUCACGCGUCUCCUUGCUACUGUCGUCACUGACCCCUCCUUUGAGUCCACUGCUGCGUCUGCUCUUGUUGCUGAGCUCGUCGACUUUGCUGCUCGCUGUCGUCUAGACUACGCUGCUAGUCUUGUUGCUGAGCAGGAGGAGUUUCAGUGUCUGGCUGCUGCUUCACCUCAUCUCGCGUCUGUACUGCUUGCCCCUGAGGGAGACCCGGAUGCACUAGACAUCCCGACUCCGCGCUCUUACGCGGAGGCCGUAGAGGGUCCCUACUCCUCUCAGUGGCAGGCAGCUAUGGAUGCAGAGAUGGCUUCCUCGAAGUCCACAGGCACCUACGUUGACGCGGUUCCCCCUCCUGGGGCGAACAUCGUCAGUGGGAUGUGGAUCUUCAUGGUGAAGCGGCCGCCCGGGCUCUCCACCUGUCUUCAAGGCGCGCCGUUCUACAUCCUCGUGUACAUCGACGACUUGGUCUUUGCCACAGCGGAUACUGCUGGACUCGCCUACGUGAAGUCCGAGCUGCAGAAGAGACACACGUGCACAGACCUGGGUGAACUGCGCAGCUACCUUGGCUUGCAGAUCACUCGGGACAGAGCACGCCGCACCAUUACCUUGACUCAGUCACACAUGGUGCAGCAGGUCCUUCAGCGCUUCAGCUUCACGUACUCCUCGCCUCAGGCCACUCCUCUGUCUACUCGCCACUCGCUCUCAGCUCUGCCUUCGGAUGAGUCCGUAGAGUCGAGUGGCCCGUACCCAGAGCUUGUUGGCUGCCUCAUGUACCUGAUGACCUGCACAUCGACCUGA